GUAGCAGCUGACACCGCAGUGAUGGCAGGGUUGAUGCGUUGUCUGCUGCUGCUGGUGCUUUCUGCUGCUGCUGCUGUAGUCACCGCCAUGCCCCCAAAUGAUCAGCCGGAGAAACGCAUGGAAAUUAUGACAUCGGCGGCAGGGCGGGAGGCGCCCCAGGAGACCUUCAGCGGCGGGUUCUCCAAGGACUUCGCUCACAACCUUCCCACUCAGGAGUUCAUGGGAGACUUCGCAAGAAGAUCUAAGCGACAAGUCGGCGUCUCUUCUACCAUCGAGGGUAUACUGAGCAGCCCGUAUGGCGGUUUACACGCCACCAACCACCUCCAGGCCCUCCUCUCCCGCAACACCAACAUCCGGCCUGCUAGACAGUCUGCGGGAGCCUCACGCCCCCGUCAACCCCAAUCCUCCCCGUCUUUUUCCUCCCCAUCCUUUUCUCCAUCCUUUGCAGCGUCGGAUCCUCCGAGAUCCCAGUCUCAGUCAUCCUUUGCAACGUCGGAUCCUCCGAGAUCCCAGUCUCAGUCAUCCUUUGCAACGUCGGGUCCUCUGAGACCCCAGUCUCAGUCAUCUUUUGCAUCGUCGGGUCCUCCGAGACCCCAGUCUCAGUCAUCUUUUGCAAAGUCGGGUCCUCCGAGACCCCAGUCUCAGUCAUCUUUUGCAUCGUCGGGUCCUCCGAGACCCCAGUCUCAGUCAUCUUUUGCAAAGUCGGGUCCUCCGAGAUCCCAGUCUCAGUUCGAUCAUCCCCAGCAGGAAACAGUGUCAAGUUCGCUCUCUCCGGAACGACCUCAUCCCCUAAACAGAGCUCCGAACUUUCAAGUAAUUCACGAGCAUCCAUCUCCAUCGUCCUCCUCAGCUCAAUCUUCAUCCAUUUCUACUUCAUCAUCACAGUUUGCAUCUUCACCAAAAGCUGCUCCGUCCUCACAUCACUUCUCUCCUCCAUCCGUUGUUCGUUCCACACAGCAGUUCUCUCCAUCCGUUGUUCGUUCCACACAGCAGUUCCCUCCAUCCGUUGUUCGAUCCCAACAACAAUUCUCCCCUUCAUCUGCUGCCCGCUCCCCACCACAGUUUUCUUCACCCGUUGUUCGUUCUCCUCCACAGUUCUCUCCUCCAUCCUUCUCUCCUCCUCAGAAGUCUCCUCCCUCCGCUCGUAACAAUCCUGUCCCUCCCCAGGACCCCUUUUCUUCCACUUCUUUCACAGGACAACAGUUUGGCCCUUCGUUCUCAGACAUCGACUCCUUCUUUGAGUCUGCAAGAAUACCAAGAGAAAGGCGAGACGUGACGGCAAGGCAGGACGCGUCGUCUCAACGCGACCAGAUCAAAAGCUCUUCAUGUGAAGACGCCGAGGCUGCCAAAGAGGACAGUGAAGGCUUCAUCGUCGGGAAGCCCGACAACUUCCCAGGCUUCCACACCAUCGGAGGCUUCGGUCCAAUGGCUGACGUCGAGAAAGGGGACGUUGCUGGUAACUUCAUGGAGGAGUUCAAGUUUCCAGCAGUGCAGAUCCCGGAUAUCAACGAAGAACAGCCACAGUUCUCACCGGAACAGUUUCAAAAGCAGGCAGUACUCAGCGAGACGCAGCGCAGGCCAAACCUGGCGAGAGUGAGUGAUGAAGUUCAGACCCGGGUCCGCAGGAGAGCUGGGGAACCCGACCCCAGCGAUCAGUCCAACGUCCCUCACAAGCGCGUCCACCGGGUUCAGGUUGAGCCUCAGAUUCCACACAGUCGAAACCCACGGCAGUUUGAGGUGGAGAGUGAUAGUCAAGGGGACCAUUCCGAACUUCCCGUCUAUUUCGAAUCUCUUCGGUUCCCUAAUUUCCGGAGAGAGGAGACAUCCCAAGCAGCAAGGAGCCCGGCACGCCUCCAGAAUGCGAGGUAUCUUCCUAUUCAGUAUUCCUCGGAUUUCAAGGUUGAGGAAGACAAAGUUGAAGUGCACACGCCCGAGGAUGACAUUAUAAUUCCUGACGGCCAGAGUUUUUAUCCUUCAUUUAACGGCCAUCCUCUUCCUGUCCUGCCACCACUGCACCCAGCGUUCUUCCCAUCCGCUCCCGUCCCCGCAAGAGCCCCAGGGGCAAGAGGUGGGAGGUUCCUCCCUCGUGGGCCAGGGUACCGCGAGAACCAGAGGGAGCAGGCAUCACUUAGAGACCUCCGCAACUCUUUCCACGGUUCAGGCAUGCGAGAGGGCCUUCGAAAGCCCUUCCACCGGGAACAAGAACACGAAAACCUCGACAAUUCACUACUCGGUUCUGGCAACUUUGAAAUCCUGCGCGGUGGAACGUUCUACGACGAUGAUGACCCUAACGGCUUCCAGCCCGAGUAUGACCAUCUUCUGGAUGACGCCUACCUGGCCUUCCCUGGCCCUCACAACGCCCCCCACACUAAUAAUUACGUGGACGAUUUUUUCUCUAACUUCAGGGACUUUUCUGAAUUUGCUGUUCGGAAAGGUAAUGCCGGAGAACAACCAUUUUUGGAUGAUGGCACGUUUUACGGAAGCGGUUUUGCAUCUGAACAGGUCCAUCAAGUUGUUGCUAGUCCAAAGUCAGACAAUUCCAGUGUUACUUCAGAAAAUAAAAAUGAAACAGAUGCUAAUGUAAAAACGAAUGAUAAAACAAAAGCGCAACAGAUGCCAGAAAACUCGAACAGAGAAGUGUCAAAAACCAGUAGCGAGGCCGAUGACAGCGAACACAAACAUCAUUACAGACAACCUAAAAAUAUACAAGAUGUUUUGGAGGACGUUGACCCACAACCGAGUAAAUAUGAAUCGUCGUCCUUGACUGUAGAUGAGAAAGAUCCAAUGUUAGCAAUGUUUUAACAUAACACUCUUAAACCAAAUCACCAUAACCCACCUUGUCUCAUCGUGUAGAACCUGUUAAAAUAUAUGUAUAUACACUCAGUCUCUGUGCUAGUCCAUGUUUUGAGUCAUGAGAGGAAACGAAAGUUGUUUGUGAAAUAAAAUUCCAUAACGCGAACUAAAGAGAUGUUUUUUUUUUUUGCGGGUCUGUCUCGACCCCUUCACUACCUCUGUCUCGGUCAGGUCAGGAUGAAGGUUUAGCGCUGCCUGGCGUCUCUGGUAAUGGAUCCUGAAGGAUAAUGUAACAUUACCCCAUGUAUGGAACUUAUUGAAUAGUGAGUAGAGUUUUCCAACUUUUUUUUCCCCUUUAUCGGUCUGUUCCUCAUGCUAAUGCCACUGAUCUCUAUUAUUUCAUAUCAUUUCAUUCUUUGUUGUAUUUUAAUAGAAUAAUUGUAUUAGUCUGAUUAAAUGUUGAUUUACCCGUGUGUGGAGCAGGUCUCUGCAUGCCUGGGUGCUCUAGUUGUGUAUGCUUCACGGAAACAAAAAGGACACUAUCAUCACCAAACGUAGUUUGACUUCAUAGGAAAGUUUUUCAUGUUCAUUUUACUUGAGCUUACAAGUGUUUAAUAGGUAUUUCUCGUGUGCGUGAGGCAGCGCACACACCGUGCGCUGGGCGCGCGUCUGUUGUUAAUCAGAAACAAAACUGCUUGUUUUAAAAGUUAGGUAAAAUUCAAAAUGUUGCCGUGAAUGUCUUCAGUCAUAAAAUCAUUAAUUAUACCUUAAUUUUGUUUCUGAGUUACAUCGUUCAACUCAAUGAUUAACGUCAACAUCAAUCUGACAAAUACAGUGCCUGAGGAUAUAAUCUUUAUUAACGUGCAAGUAGUAUUGAACAUGACAACUGAACUGAUGAACUUGUGAUGUUUUAUUUUGUAAUCGUUGUUGGCCUUUCCAUAUGUAUAUAAACAUUUUAUCAAUAAAAUAUUUAGAAUGAUAUAA